CAUGGAUCAAAUUUUGUCAUCUCCAAAUACAGGAAGAAAGUACUCUCCUAUUAAAAUUAUUGGAGAAGGUGAAUAUGGAACAGUAUGGCUUGUUUAAAGAGAUGAUUAAAGUAUUUUACUUUAUCCUUUUUUCUAGCACUUUUUGCUUGUAAAUUAUUGAAGCCUAAAUUCGCUUAAUGGAGUAUUGAAAAAAGUAAGAAAUUUGAAGAAAGAGCUUAAUAAGAAAUAUAAACUCUAAUAAAGAGCAGUCAUAAUAAUGUUGUCAAAUAUGAAGAUUGCUUCUAAAAAGAAAUUUAAUCUAGAAUUGAUAGAUACAUUAUAUCUGAAUAUUGUGAAGGUGAUACUUUAUAAAAAAUGUUGGAUUUAAAAGGAAGAUUAAGUGAAACAGAUGCAUUUCCUAUAAUGAUUCAGUUAGCAGACGGAUUAAGAUAUAUGCACAAUUAAAAGAUUAUUCAUAGAGAUAUAAAGCCUGCUAACAUUAUGUUUAAAUAAGGUGUUCCUAAAUAUAUAGAUUUUGGAUUUGCAAAAUACAUAGAAGAACAAAAAGUAGAUUAAAUUCAAACAGUUGAAGUUGGGUCACCAUAAUAUAUGGCUCCAGAAUUACUUGGAGAAAGUGGUUACUAUGAUUAAAAAGUGGAUGUUUGGGCAUUAGGACUUAUAUUUUAUUAAAUGAUUGUAGGUUAAUUUCCAUGGAACAUAGAAUAAGCAACAUCAUAAUAAAUGAUCUUGAAUAUCAUUAUGGAAGAUGAAACCAUUUCUUUCCCCACUGAAAUUCCAAUAUCUUAAAAGUUGUAAGAUACUAUAAUUUAAAUGUUAUCAUUUGAUAAUGAAAUUAGAAUAGACAGCAAUCAAUUAUUUUUGAUGUUAUAAAAUUGAU